AAAAAAAAUGCCUCCAAAGAAAGCCACUUCAGGAAAAGAAAAACCAAAAGAGAAACCGGUAGAGAAAAAAGCGGUUGAAGCGAAGCCUCGGUUUUUAGCAGCAGACAAGGUAAAAUUAAAGGAUUUUUACUUAAAAAACAAGAAAGCAGGUGUAAAGCAAGAGAGUGUGUUUACUUCAUUCGGCCAACUUUAUGGUUAUUCUAAUUCACAAGUGAGAAGAGCAUAUUAUUCGAUUUUCGGUAAACAAAAAACAAAAAACGAAACCGAAACCGAACCGGAAGAUGACGAUGUUUCCGAAAAUGUUGAUGAUGAUAUGAUAGAAAGACAAGAAUUUACUGAUAGAAUGGACAGUUAUCUUGCUGAAUCUGAGCAAAAAACUGAGAAGAAGAGAAAGAGACAACUUGAGAAGGAGCCAACUUAUGAUGAUGAUGAUGAUGAAUGUGAUUACGAACAAUCAGAUGAAGAUUACGAAUAUUCGGAUGAAGAUAUUUUACCGGCAACUCCGUCGAAAGUAACAAAAGUAGUGAGCAUUAAUGACAAAUCAACAAGUUUAUUCCGUCCUUUUAGAUUCGAAUCAGAAACUCAUCGCUUCAUCAUUUAUAGAUUUCCCACAUGGACUGAUUUUAAAUUUUCACAUGUGGAGAUGUCAAAAGAAAAGAUGAUAGUUAUUCAUGUGAAGAUUAAUGCUAAACUUUCCGAAAGUUGUGUAGUAGAAUCUUUCGCUCCAUUUGCGAAAAAUUUAAAAGCGAACACUGACAGAAAGGAUGAACAGUUCACCAUCAAAGAACCGGUUCCGAAAGAUGUUGAUGUUAAAACUGUAAAGUGUGGUCCUUUGAAUUUGAAAGGCGUUUACGAUUUGGAUGACCGUGUAUUCGCAGUGCUAUUAGAAAAGAAAUUGCAAACAUUCGCACCAACUUUUGAUGCUAAUGAAUUGUCAAAUUUCAUUGCGAAGGCUUCUGUUACAAGUAGCUCUUCUGACACACAACUUGUCAACACUCAAACAUCACAAGCGCUUACCAGCAACUCCACUGCCGCCACAACAGAAGAUGCAACCGGCAACAAAGAAAUCGCAAACGCAACUCAAAACACAAGAGAAGAGUCUGAAUAAACAAUUUCACUUCU